GCCUUUCACUCAAGGAAAAGAACUUCAUGGCUUAUGAACAAGAAGACCAUCCCAAGCUUCAAUUCCCAUUAGAUUCAGAGUCUUACAAGAUCAUUGAUGAAAUCGGGGUUGGUGUCAGUGCCGUAGUUUACAAAGCCGAAUGUGUUCCCAUGAAUUCAACUAUUGUCGCCAUCAAAGCCAUUGAUCUUGACCAGUCCAAGGCUGAUUUCGACAAAAUUCGACGAGAAACCAAUAUCAUGUCGCUUCUUUCACACCCCAAUAUCCUCAAUGCUCAUUGUUCAUUCACUGUUGACCGACGUCUCUGGGUGGUGAUGCCUUUUAUGUCUGGCGGUUCUUUACAAUCCAUAGUCUCAUCUUCUUUCCCUGAUGGCUUAACAGAGCAAAGCAUUGCCAUUGUUCUUAAAGAAACCCUGAAUGCAUUGUCGUAUCUUCACAACCAGGGGCAUUUGCAUAGAGAUAUAAAGGCUGGUAAUAUUUUGAUGGACUCAAAUGGAAGUGUUAAGCUUGCGGAUUUUGGAGUUUCAGCUUCGAUUUAUGAAUCGAGAUCAGGUUAUGGAUUAGGUUCAUCGACAUCUUCAUCACCGUUGAUGCUCACUGACGUGACUGGAACCCCAUAUUGGAUGGCCCCAGAGGUAAUACACUCGCAUACUGGGUAUAGUUUCAAGGCUGAUAUAUGGUCUUUUGGUAUAACCGCGCUUGAAUUAGCCCAUGGAAGGCCUCCUUUAUCUCAUCUACCUCCUUCAAAGUCUUUGAUCAUGAAGAUUACCAAGCGGUUUAGAUUUUCUGAUUACGAAAAUAGUAGCAAGAAAGGUAAGAGCAAGAAGUUUACCAAGGCUUUUAUGGAUAUGGUUGCUUCCUGUCUUGAUCAAGAUCCAGCGAAGCGACCCUCGGCGAAUAAACUUUUGAAACAUUCAUUUUUUAAGAGUUGCAAAGGUUCGGAGUUUCUUGUUAAGCAUGUGUUGCAUGGAUUGCCUAGUGUUGAAGAAAGGUUCAGGGUAAGCAAGAUUCUUAGAAAGGGUGUUAAUGUCGAAGAAGAUGAUGAAGAUGUUGAUGGGGAAUCAGGGUCUCAGCUUGUUAAACAUAGAAGGAUUAGUGGGUGGAACUUCAAUGAAGAUGGGUUCGAGCUUGACCCUAUAUUCCCUUGUGAGUCACAAAACGAUUCAACUAUGAAACAGGUUCGUUUUGGCGGCGAAACGAUCAUUCCAAAAGGUUCACGUGACUCGGCUGGAUCAGGUAACUCUGGGAGGUCAAAUUUAAAUUCACCAGAGGCUGAGUCAAGUUUGAUUAGUUUGCUAGGGGGAGUUGGGGUAGUGGGAAAUGAUGGGAAUGAGUCUGGAGGUGACAGUACUUUUAAUGCAGAAACAGUAGUGGGUAGGCUGAUGACAUUGAAAAAUAGUGUGGAAGAUCAAAGGCAGAAGGUGACAAAUCUGAUUAACCUGUUUGGAGGGGAAGUAAUCAACAGAGAAGAUCAAUUGUUGCAGUUGAUUGAGAAGCUGAAGUUGGAGUUGGAGAAUGAAAGGCUAAAGAACUUUGAAUUAGAGAUGGAACUAGAGUUGCUCAAAAUUCAGAUUUCUAGUGCAUCGAACACUGAUGAAAACGCUUGAAGUUUAGCCAACUAUUAUAUUUGGGAGUUGGUUGAAGACUUGAGACAUUCCGGUGAAAUCUCAGUGUAAUGUUAUGCUGUUUUCUUGCCUAUUGGAACCUGUUUUUGUUCUUUGGUUCCUGUUAGUGUAUUACAUAUCAGAUGUGAAGAUUUGUUCUUUAAUAAGAUAGUUGGGAAUUAGGGACAUUUCAAACAGGCCUAACCUGAUUGCAUCUAAUGGAAGAAAAUGGGAAGAUUGCAGGAUAAUUUUUGACAUUAAUUAGUCAUAAUUCUACUUUGUUUGAUGCCUUGGAACGAACUAA